AUGGGUGGCCACGUGGAUCCUAAGAACGGAGUUUUCAUGGGUAACUGGGGUGGUUUCGGUUGCCCUACCCCCCAGCGCAUCGCCUCCUACUCUCUGUCUCCCAACCGUCAGCGCCCCUUGGCUGGUACCGCCCACGCUGCUUUCUUCAACACCUUCCGGAGAUUCAGACACCAGAUUCUCUACGUCGCCCCUCCUUUCAUCAUCGCCUACGCCGCCAUGGACUGGGCUGUUGAGAAGAACCACUACCUCAACUCCAAGCCCGGCCGCCUUGCUGAGGGUGGUGACGAGUAA